AUGUUUUCCACAAGACAAAAGUACCUCCUAGCCUUUUCUUCGUUAUGGAUUUCUACGAGCAUCUACGUCCUCUUCUUCCUCGAAUCCGAGAUCAUGCAAGACAUGCGAGGCUACAUCAGCGCGCUUACUGAAGACUUGCACGCGCAGAUGCAGCUGGACGAAAGAGAAAAGGAUGAAAAGAGGGAGAGAGAAAUGAAGAUGAAGAUGAGGGCGCUGGUUGAAAGAUACGAGACAGAGUUGGACAUUAUCUUCAGAAUUUUGGGGGAUCCGACGAACAAGGAUUCUUCGAGGAUUUUUCAAAACUACCCGAAAGAUGCGCUGGAAAAGCUGUGGAAAUUCUGCAACAAGAAAAAGAGCGAUUUUAUAACAAAAGACAAUUUGAUCAUUUGCGGAAAUUACUUCAUGAAGAUUUUGGAAAACAAAGUACCGAUCAAUAUCGCUUUGAUUUCGGACAAGUUCUGGCCGUAUGUGGAUAAAAACAUGAACGACCAACUAUCGAAGCACGAGUUUUUGCAUUUUGUCGCGGGAGUUUCAGGCGCCUGUGGAAGAACUGUUUUGACCAAUUUGGACGGAAAUUUCAACAGAAUCCUCGAAGAAAAAGAAUUUGAGAAGUUCUGGGAGCUUUUCGCCGUCAAUUUUAAAGAAAUCAUGUGGCGCGAUGGAGUGAUUGAAAUGCUCAAGCGGAUUGAAAAUACAGUCACUUAUCCGGUUGAUGGUUUCAAGAUGGCGCAAAUCGUCGCUAGAAUUCUCGCCGAAGCAACAGAAAUUGAAAAUGCCUCGCAAAUUUGGAAAGAAGAACUCAAGAAGCAAACCUUGAAAGAGACAAACGAAUGGCUUGGUGCUCCGACCAACCUUUUUGCUGCUGACUUUGAUGAAAAUUAA